GUUCAGUCCUCUGUCAUCCUGCCUUUCCUUUCACCCUCCCAUCCUCCUUCAGUUUCUCCUCCCCCAUUUGCUUUGUUGUAGGGUGUGUGUGUGUGUAUGGUACAGCUGCAGUAAAGCGACUGAUCAGCAUCCUGUAUCCCUCCACUACCAGACAGACAGCACAAUGAAAGGAGACACACCAGUGAACAGCACUCUGAGUGUUGGACAGGCAAGAAAAAUGGUGGAGCAGCUGAAGAUUGAAGCCUCCAUGUGUCGUAUUAAGGUCUCUAAAGCAGCUUCAGAUCUCAUGACAUUCUGCGAUGCUCACACUUGUGAAGAUCCUCUUAUAACUCCAGUGCCCACCUCGGAAAACCCUUUCAGAGAGAAGAAAUUCUUCUGUGCCCUCCUCUGACACCUUCACUAAGGCGCACACACCCUUGGACCGGGCUACUGGCACCAUUCCCAAACCCUUUUACUGAAAUCCCUUUGUCCUAUUGACUCUCCUCUCCACCAUUUGCGUGGUUUUAAUGCCGUUUUCUUUCCUAUUAAAGGACAGAAAUGUUGGUAAAAACAUACCCCCCUUCAUAUCAAAGACAAGGGGAUUGUUGGAAACUUCACCUGUUCCUGUUCCUUUCCCUGCCCUGGGUUGUGGGAAUGUUCACAUCAGUAUUUAUUUGUAAAUUGAAACAGUGAUUAAUAAACAUUGCCAAAAAAAAAAAACAGCCUGAAUCAAACUGAAGCAAUGUUUAAGACUAGAAUAACUAUUUACAUUGGUAACGCAAUCAAGUUUGUGGUUGUGCUAAAGCUUCCAUAGAGUACAAAAAUGUAAUUGCGAAUCAUGUGUCCAUCCCAAUAAAUGGGUUACAUUCCAGUAGGUUA